AUGGACACAUUAUUCAACUCCACUGAAAAGAAUGCCAGAGGCAUACCGCAGGCUCCAUUCAUCGAAAACGUCAACGACAUAAUCAAGGACCCAAGCGACUUCGAGCUGUGCUUCAAUAAGUUCCAGGAACGGCUUUCUAAGUACAAGUUCAUGCAGGAGUCUAAACUGGCCACAACAAAGCAAUUGAAGACCCGGAUCCCGGACUUGGAGAACACACUGAAGAUAUGCCAAAGUCUGCGCAAUCACGAUGAUGAAAAUGAUGAGAGUGCUGAACCUAUCCUGCUGCACUACCAAUUGAACGACACGCUUUACACAAAGGCCCAAGUUGAUAUACCGGAGGACCGGGGGGACUUGAAAGUCGGGUUGUGGCUGGGCGCAGACGUGAUGCUGGAAUAUCCCAUCGACGAGGCCAUAGAGUUGUUGCAGAAGAAACUCGCGGACUCGGAACAGUCUCUAACGGUAUCUACUGAGGAUGUUGAGUUUUUGAGGGAGAAUAUCACGACAAUGGAAGUGAAUUGCGCACGAUUGUAUAACUGGGACGUUCAAAGAAGACAGGACUUGAAGCAGGCUCAAGAAGGGACUAAAAAUCUCAAGAUAUAA